UCGAUACGUUUUCUCAUCACUAGCGGCCGCACUUUCGUAACAAUUGCUAGUGUUUUUAUAUUUUUAAGAAAGAUUGCUUAAUAUUCUGUCAAAAACAUGGCAACCAGCGGAAAAAUUCUGCUAAGCAGCAGUCUCUGCCAAAAACUGAGUCAAUUCGCUAGGCAGAUUCACAUGCACCCGGCCCUUCUGUCCAGUUUUCGGUCAUCCCGUGAAGUUCAGGAGCUGGACAAGUACCCCGACGUUGAAGUACUAACCAAUCCGCCCGAGUGGCGGUUUGUAGAACGCCUAUUGCCGGCGGAAACAGUUCCACAGCCGGCGGAAAAAUCCAAAUAUCCCUCAGGCUGGCAGCCACAAAAGGAGAAUGGCUCGGAACUUGGAUAUUAUGUAGGCAGGACAAAGAAUCACAUGGUGCCAGUGUAUCUGCACACCAAGUUUCGUGGCCAGCGAAGGAUCACAGUGGUGCGACGUGUUCAAGGAGAUAUUUGGUCGCUGGAAAAGGAUCUGCGAGCAGUGGUGGAGAAAUCACGGAAUGGAAAGCUCUGCGCCACACGGAUCAACGAACUAAGCGGGCAAAUCCAUUUUCAUGGCGAUCAUGUGGACCUUCUGCGAGAUUAUCUCAAGGAAAAGGGCUUCUAAAGAUACUCAGAUAUGUCCAUCCUUUUUCGCAAUAAACUCUCUUCUGUUGAUUUAUGAUGAA